GAGAGCGGCGACUGGAGGUCCCAGCGCCGGAACUGUGAAGACUCAUGGACAAAGAGGCCCAGAAGAGGAAAGAACAGGAGUCAGGCAUGGCUCUUUCUCAGGCACAAUUGACCUUCAAGGAUGUGUUCAUAGAUUUCACUCCUGAGGAGUGGGAAUGCCUGGACCCUGCCCAGAGGACCUUGUACAAGGACGUGAUGGUGGAGAUUCUCAGGAUCCUGCUGUCUGUGGGAAGUUCUGUUUCUGAUCUGAACGUUGUCUCCAUUCUUGUGGCACAAGGAAGAAGACCCCUGGAUUAUAUGUCUCACAUACAUAUGGUCAAGAAAUUACAGGCCAAAGCAAACAGUGGUAAAGGGGAAAUUUUUCAAAGAGUGAUGUUUGGAAGAGCUGAAAUCCUUGAAAUCAAAGAUUUUCGCCUCAGGAAGAUUCAGGAAAAUAUACAUGACUUUGAUUGUCUGUGGACAUAUGAUGAAAGAAAUGACAAGGAAAUGUCUACAUCCCAUAACAAAAAUCUCACUGAUGGAAGAGAUCAUCAUAGUAGAAGUGAUGCAGAAAAUGGACCUUUUGAAAGGCACGGAUCAAGCUUUCAGGAUGAAUUGCAGAUGGUACAAUCUGAAGGGAUAAUUUUUGAAUGUAGUCAAGUUGUGACAAACGUCAGCGCCUCAGGUUUACCACCUCACAGAACUUGUAAUGUCUGCGAAGGCUUUUCUCAUAAACAUGAGAAUGCUGUUAUGCAUCCUUCAGAACUGUUACCAGACCAUGAAACAGAAAAGAAAAGACCUGACAAAUGUAAUGAAUGUGACAUAACCUUUCUUCAGGACUCAGAACUCACUGGACAUCAAAGAAUCCAUACAGGAGGAAAUCCAUAUAAAUGUGACGUGUGUAGCAAGGCUUUUGAUCAAACUACCAAACUUGCCAUUCACUGGAGAAUUCAUACUGGAGAGAAACCACAUAAAUGUGAUGUAGGUGACAAGGCUUUUAUUCAAAUUGGAAACCUUGCAGUUCAUCAGAAUAUUCAUCCUGGAGAGAAACGAUAUAAAUGUGAUGUGUGUGGUCACUGCUUUAAACAAAGUACACACCUUGAAACUCAUCAGAGAACUCAUACCGGAGUGAAACCAUCUAAAUGUGAUGUUUCUGGAAAAGCUUUUAGUCAAAAUGCAAGCCAUGCAGUUCAUCAGAGACUUCAUACUGGAAAGAAACCAUAUAAAUGUGAUGUAUGUGGCCUGUGCUUUACUCAGAACUCAGAACUUGAAGCUCAUCAGAGAACUCAUAAGGGACAGAAACCAUAUAAAUGUGAUGAAUGUUGCAAAGGCUUUAGUGAAAUUUCAAGCCUUGCAGUUCAUUGGAGAGUUCAUACUGGAGAGAAACCGUAUAAAUGUGAUGUGUGCGGCAAGUCAUUUAAUCGUACUGGCAAACUUGCUGUUCAUCGGAGAGUUCAUACUGGAGAGAAACCAUAUAAGUGUGAUGUAUGUGGCAAGGCCUUUAUUCGAACAACAGGCCUUGCUGUUCAUCAGAGAAUUCAUACUGGAGAGAAACCAUAUAAAUGUGAUGUGUGCGGCAAGUCAUUUAAUCAUACUGGCAAACUUGCUGUUCAUCGGAGAGUUCAUACUGGAGAGAAACCAUAUAAAUGUGAUGUAUGUGGCAAGGCCUUUAUUCAAACAACAGGCCUUGCUGUUCAUCGGAGAAUUCAUACUGGAGAGAAACCAUAUAAAUGUGAUGUGUGUGGCAAGGCAUUUAGUCAUACUGGACACCUUAAUGUUCAUCGGAGAGUUCAUACUGGAGAGAAACCAUAUAAGUGUGAUGUGUGUGCCAAGGCAUUUAGUCAUACUGGAAGCCUUGCUAUUCAUCGGAGAGUUCAUACUGGAGAGAAACCAUAUAAUUGUGGUAUAUGUGGCAAGGCUUUCAGUGUAAGUUCAAGCCUUGCUUUUCAUCGGAGAGUUCAUACUAGAGAGAAACCAUGUAAAUGUGGUGUAUGUGGCAAGGCCUUCAGUCAGACUACAAGCCUUGCAGUUCAUCAGAGAGUUCAUACUGGAGAGAAACCACAUAAAUGUGAUGUAUGUGGCAAGGCCUUUAGUAGGACUACAAGGCUUGCAGUUCAUCAGAGAAUUCAUACUGGAGAGAAACCAUAUAAAUGUGAAGUGUGUGGCAAUGCCUUUAAUCACACUUCAAGCCUUGCAGUUCAUCGGAGAGUUCAUACUGGAGAGAAACCAUAUAAUUGUGGUAUAUGUGGCAAGGCUUUCAGUGUAAGUUCAAGCCUUGCUGUUCAUCGGAGAGUUCAUACUGGAGAAAAACCAUAUAAAUGUGAUGUGUGUGCCAAGGCAUUUAGUCGUACUGGACACCUUGCAGUUCAUCGGAGAGUUCAUACUAAAGAGAAACCAUAUAAGUGUGAUGUAUGUGGCAAGGCCUUUAUUCAAACAACAAGCCUUGCUCUUCAUCAGAGAAUUCAUACUGGAGAGAAACCAUAUAAAUGUGAUCUGUGUGACAAGGUAUUUAGUCGUACUGGACACCUUGUUGUUCAUCGGAGAGUUCAUACUAGAGAGAAACCAUAUAAUUGUGGUAUAUGUGGCAAGGCUUUCAGUCUAAGUUCAAGCCUUGCUGUUCAUCAGAGAGUUCAUACUGGAGAGAAACCAUAUAAAUGUGAUGUAUGUGGCAAGGCCUUUAUUCAAGCAACAGGCCUUGCUCUUCAUCAGAGAAUUCAUACUGGAGAGAAACCAUAUAAAUGUGAUGUGUGUGCCAAGGCGUUUAGUCAUACUGCAAACCUUGCUUUUCAUCGGAGAGUUCAUACUGGAAAGAAACCAUAUAAAUGUGAUGUAUGUGGCAAGGCAUAUAGUAGAACUAGAAGCCUUGCAGUUCAUCAGAGACUUCAUACUGGAGAGAAACCAUAUAAAUGAGAAGUAUGUGGCAAUCCCUUUAGUCAAAGUUCAAGUCUUGCAGUUCAUCAGAGAGUUCAUACUGGAGAGAAACCAUAUAAUUGUGGUAUAUGUGGCAAGGCUAUCAGUGUAAGUUCAAGCCUUGCUGUUCAUCAGAGAGUUCAUACUGGAGAGAAACCAUAUUAAUGUGUUGUAUGUGGCAAGGUGUUUAUUUGUACUGGAAACCUUGCUGUUCAUCAGAGAGUUCAGAGUGGAGAGAAAGCAUAUAAAUGA